AUGCUCUUUUUCGGAAAAUCGCUAGCCGGCGCUGGUUACGUCGUGCUCAACGUCAUCCGAGUCAUGAACAUAAUAUCUCUCCUCACUGUGAUUGCUGGAAGCUCAGUCAUGCUGGUCAAGACUUUUGUCGUAUCCCACUUCUUCUUCUUCUUCGAUGCCUGCGAACAUGUCAUCCGAGUCAUCCUAAGCGGCUUCCUCGUUCUCACCGAACUUCCACUUUUCAAAUCUUACAUCGCUCGAAACUGGCCCCUGUUCAGUGCGCGAGCCAGCUUUGUCAUGCUAGGAGUGGCCAUGAUAUGCCUCGGAAAUAGCAUGCUGGGGAAUCUCAACAAACAAGCAACGAGUCAAAAGAAUCUAGGCUUACCAUUUUGGCGUCUGGUCAUUGCUUCAGGGAUUAUCGUCUUGGUUAUGGGCCCAAUCAACAUCUUAGCAAGCUAUGUUUUCAGAGACACCAAGGCCCAUCUCACAGCUCGACAAGUCCGAUCUCAUGGUGCUGUCGCAUCGCACAAAGCAGACGUCGAAGCUUCAACACCCAAACCGCCAAGCCGUCGCAGUCACUACCGAUCAUUCUUCCUCGGCAGCAAACGUGAUUCCCUCCCUUCAUACUACUCUCGUAAGAACACCGACCGCAGUGACAUGACACAGACACCCAAGGUGCAUAUGGCCAUCUCUAGGCCAUUCCCACAAGACCAAUCUUUGGCACGAACCGCACAAAGUCCAGGGGCAUCAAGCUCCAAGUACAGCCAAAGCCCUAAGAGCGAACGAUACGCCAUGAGUCCUGAACUCAGCAGGCCAGAUUUGGCACAUCAUCCUGCCAUGACACAGGGACAUGCUCUUUGA